AUGGGCUGUGUUCAAAGCUUCAGGGACCUGUGUGACCAUCCAAAAAAUACAAAUAUUCGUAUCAGUCUUCCAGCAGUUUGCAUUGUGUGGCAAACAGCCAUGAUCAUCUUGUUUGGGAUUUUUAUUCGUUACAAUGAAGAAUCAGAUCCACACUGGGCAGAGCACAAAAAAGCUAACAAUAUAUCAAGUGACAUUGAGAACGACUUCUACUACAGAUAUCCAAGUUUCCAGGAUGUCCAUGUGAUGAUCUUUGUUGGAUUUGGCUUCCUGAUGACAUUUCUCAAGCGGUACAGCUUCGGAGGAGUGGGUUUCAACUUCCUCAUCGCAGCCUUUGGCCUCCAAUGGGCGUUGCUAAUGCAAGGCUGGUUCCACUCCCUGGACUACACUGAUGGAAAGAUCAAAAUUGGAAUUGAAAACCUGAUCAAUGCUGACUUCUGUGUGGCGGGCUGCUUAAUUGCCUACGGGGCAGUGCUUGGUAAAGUCAGUCCAGUCCAGCUGAUGGUUCUGACUCUGUUUGGGAUCACAUUGUUUGCUGUGGAGGAAUAUAUUAUCCUGAAUCUCAUACAUGCCAGAGAUGCUGGAGGCUCCAUGGUGAUCCACACAUUUGGAGGAUAUUAUGGUCUUUCUAUAUCGUGGAUGCUCUAUCGGCCAAAUUUGAACCACAGCAAGCGUCUGCAGGGCUCCGUUUACCACUCAGAUGUCUUUGCUAUGAUUGGCACUCUCUUCCUGUGGAUGUUUUGGCCCAGCUUCAACUCAGCCAUCACAGGCCACGGGGACGGGCAGCACAGAGCGGUCAUCAACACCUACCUGGCAUUGGCUUCAACUGUGCUCACUACUGUGACCAUCUCGAGCCUCACCCAGAAGCAUGGAAAACUAGACAUGGUUCACAUCCAGAACUCCACCCUUGCUGGAGGCGUUGCAGUGGGAACUGCAGCAGAGUUCAUGCUGAUGCCCUACGGGUCUCUGAUAGUAGGGUUCUGCUGUGGUAUCAUCUCCACACUGGGAUACAUCCACCUCUCGCCUUUUAUGGAGAAGCACCUGAAGAUCCAGGACACGUGUGGAAUCCAUAACCUGCAUGCCAUGCCAGGAGUCGUAGGUGGGAUUGUGGGAGCCAUUACUGCUGCAGCUGCAACAGAGUCCGUUUAUGGCCAUGAAGGGCUGAUUGAAACCUUUGGCUUUAAAGAUGGUUUCAAACACAGGACACCCGCAGUGCAGGGUGGCCACCAGGCUGCAGCCCUCUGUGUGGCUCUCUGCUUUGCUGUAGGCGGAGGCAUCAUUGUGGGUUGUAUCUUAAGAUUACCUAUCUGGGGAGAUCCUGCAGAUGACAAUUGUUUCGAUGAUGAGGUCUACUGGGAGGUUCCUGAGGAUGAAGAGGAUGCACCAGUCCCUCCGUACAACAACCACAUGCGGAACAAAAAUGUUGGAGAGGAACAGCAGAUUAACCAUGAUCCUAUCCGCUCACCGCUAGCCCCUUCAUACGCUCCGUUACACCAGCAUUUAAAGGGAGGAGGGGACGCCAUUCAGGCCCCUGAUAUGAAUCCCAGACGCAGGGACAAGAACAGAGCUUUCACCCCCGUUUCACAGAAAAUACCCCUUUCUGGCACCCUCUAA